GAGUGGGACUUGAACCCACGCUCAGUUUCCCGAACCAGGAUUCGUGUUAAGUUAACCUUAACCUGGCGCCAUAACCAACUCGGCCAUCUUGCCAUA